CCAUUUGAAUAUUUCAAACGUUGAAUUAAAUAUUAUGAACCUUAGUUUGACAUUAUUUGUUUAUUUACAAUCUAAAGUUGAUGUAAACGUUAUUGACAAGCUGUAUCACACAAUAAUCAAUAUUUUAUUUAUAUAUUGGGUAAAAUCGAGGGAUUGUCACACCAUGCAUGGGAGGAUCAAAGUGAAGACAACUGCAGAGCAGUUGGAAGCGAAGCAAAAGGAGCGAGAAACGAAACUAAAAUUAUAUACUGCUGCAACUGACAGGAUCUUCAAGAAGGUGACACAUACAAAAUGAGACUGAACAAGGAGUAUGAUGAUGAGGUGUUACAGCUGACUGGGCAGAUCCUACAGCUCAACUCUGACUUCUCUACUCUCUGGAACUACCGCAAGGAGGUGUUCCUAUACUACAAGGAAACCAAAUCAGAGGUAGAGAUGUGUGACAUCUACACCCAGGAGUUACAGUUCCUGGAGACCUGUCUCCGUGGCAACCCGAAGUCUUAUGGGGUCUGGAACCACCGCUACUUCAUCAUGGAAACUAUGGCAACGCCAGACUGGAAGACAGAGCUGCAGCUCUGCAACCUCUUUCUGGAAUAUGAUGAGAGGAAUUUCCACUGCUGGGACUAUCGCAGGUUUGUCGUCAAGCACUCCGGUGUGUCAAUUGAUGACGAACUGCGCUACACAACUAGCAAGAUUGACACCAACUUCUCCAACUUCUCGUCCUGGCAUUACCGCAGUAAACUCCUGCCUCUCAUCUACCCUGACGACGAAACUGCAGUGGGUGUCCAGGAAGACGUGCUCAUAAAAGAAUAUGAGACUGUCCAGAAUGCAUUUUUUACGGACCCAGAUGACCAGAGUGCUUGGUUCUACCAUCGCUGGCUGUUAGGUAGAGCUAAAACCAAACCGAGUGUGAGUUGCAUGUUUGUGUCCAGGGACCAGGGGCACCUUAUGAUUGUCACUACACAGGCUGUCAAGAUAUCCCCAUCGAGCUGUGAAGUCAAGGUUGUGGUUAACGGAGAGGAGAAGGCAGGGAAGUGGCGUACACACCGGAACCAGGAGAAUGUCUACUCCAAACUGUGGAUCUUCAAGUCUGCUGAUGGGUCGUCAUGGUUACCAGCCACACAGGAAGUGGAUGUGCUGGUGUCUGCAGACAGCGAUGACUGGGGGUCUUCUGACAUUGUUCAGUUGUCAGCUGACCAGUCAGAGAGCUGGACACUGACCCAAGCUGACCAGGGGUCAAGGUUUAGUGAUGAGCUGAGUUCUGCCACUUCUGACACUCUUCAGCGUGAACUGCAGUCCAUUCAGGAUCUCUACCAACUGGAGCCUGACAACAAAUGGGUUCUACUCACUAUUGUGUCGCUGAUGAAGGCUCUAGACCCACGCCAGUACUGGGAGAAAAUUGAGGGUUACCUGGCCAAACUGACCUCCAUAGAUCCCCUGAGAAUCAACUACUACCAGGACUUGAGAAGCCGCUAUGUUGUGGAAAACUACUUCGAGGGAUUUGACUUUAGUGGCAGAGUCAUUUCUCUCCCCAAUCAUAGCCUGACGUGUGUCUACCACCCAGAGUUGUUCUCCAUGGUUGUGAAGGUAGACUUGUCGCACAACAAACUCACCUCUCUAGCAGGCUUCAGCCAUUUCCAGUGUGCAAGGGAGCUAACUCUAGAUGACAAUCAAAUUGCAAACCUGGAGGAGUUGUCAUUCUUGAAGGAUUUGUCACUGCUGUCUGUGAUGAACAAUGCCAUAGCAACCCAGACAGCCUUGACCCCACUGGCCCGUUGCCCUCGACUGAUCAAGUUGCAUGUAGAGGGAAACCCAGUCUGUGAGCUCGUGCAAUAUUCUGAUAUCAAGCACACAGUGCCUUCACUGCACAAUGUGAAUGGACAUAUAUUUGGGUAGUUGAUAAAAGUUAUGUAUGCACUCGUUUUAUGUUUUAAUGACUUUCGCAAGGCCUUGUGGUUAUCAGUGAGCAUUUUGUUAAGUUUUGGUAAGUGAAACACUGCAUUUGUAUUAUAUGAAUAAUUAAUUAGGGACUUGUUAAUGGUAUUGCCGUAUAUCUGUGCUGGUCAUAAGACUUGAUAUAUACUCAUUUUCUAAUUGAUCAUCCAAAAGUUAUCAUAAAAUAAGCUUGCAUGAGACUGAAUAUGGGACUAUUAUUAGAGGCUUUGAACAAGACAACAGCAUCUGAACAAACAAUCAAUACAUAAUUUAAAUUGGUCAAUUGUAUUUAUAUUUUUGUUCGCUUGGUACAUGAUAAAGGCUAGCUUGAAUUUGAAAUAUGGUUUAUGUUCCUAAAGAAAAUGUUGACGAACAAUUCUUCUAGUGACUUAUGAUAACAACUUUUUUGUAAAUGGCUGUGUUCUGCUGUAAUAUGUUGAGAUUUUACAGUGUUAUCAAACAAACUAAAGAUAUGUUCACUUCUGUUACUGACACUAAACCGAUUGCUCACCCAACAAGUUAAGUUGGCUCAGGUACUACUUAACAGAAAACUUGGUACCCUAAAGUAUACUACAAUGUACCCUGGGUACAGAAAAUUUGAUUGAAAGCACCUGGCCAGUGGCCAUACUCCGGGGUACUUUUUAGUAUAUGUUCUGUACCUUUGGUACUUGAAGUAUACUUGAGAGUACCUAUGCUACUUUCAAGUAGUACCUGAGGCGACUUUACUUCACUACCUGUUUUUGUAAGCACCACUAUCAUUUUCAGACAGGUACACACAUACCGGUACUUCAGAUUGUUUGUGUAGAACAUUCCUUUACAAGUACUGUGAAACCAUUUAUUUUCGUCGGAACAAAAUUUCGCCCUUUUCAUAAAAAUGACUAUUUCGUCCGCUCUUAAAUUCGUCCAUUUCUGGUUUUGAAAAUAAAAACGUCCGAUUUGUUUGUAAUACAUGUAAUACGCGGUUGCGAAAUAAUCGUGCUGGGGAAAGAGAGGUGACACUUGGUAGUCACCUGCAGGAGGUGGGCCUUGUUUGGCAUAUGCCAAUUAACAUUAGUCUGUUAUUUUAGGUGAUAGUAACUGUCCCUUAUUAUUUCAUGUCAUUGACACGUUCUUUGUUAUGAUUAGCGGAUAAGUGGGACUGAAUAAUCGUUAACGAGUGUUUUAAACAACGAAGCCAAUUGCCAAAUCAAAAUGUUCUUUAUUAAUUUGUAACAAAGCGCAGAAUAUAUUUCAGUCAGGUGUUGAUCACACAUCGUCAUAUUUUAAUUGCAUUUAAUAGUAUUGUCUUUAAUCCGGAUUCGCCGCGUGUAGGCUGUAUAAUCUGCUGUAUAACACCCCUGAAAAACACAAUACACACAAUGGGUAAUAAAGUUGUUAACAAUUAGCGCUAAUCAACACUAUUAUACCUAAACGAAGACGACGCAUUCGAUGCAGCCUUAUUGCAUUCGCGUUGUACAGGAAAUGUCAGUUGUCAGUACACUGUAUAAUGAACACCCCUUUGUGUCAAAACCGGAUUUAACUUGAGUGUGGAUAGUCGACUGUUUCAUGUUCUUUGUAUCAAUACCAUCUGUGUAUCUGUAUUAUAAGUAUACCAGUCAUCAAACAAGGUGCGCGCUUCCGCAUAUGGGUAUCCGGACGGUAAAAAAAUUGACCUACGGUUUAGCGUUCAUGCCGUCAAACGCAUUAAGCAAUAAAACUCGUUUUUUUUUCACUAUUUCUUUAUUUGCAAAAAAUACUAGUGGCUUAUAACUUACCUUGCAAUCUUUUUUCUCUCGCAUUUUGCGAGUGUGCAAGUGUUAAUUUCGAGCCCUGUGUACAUGCGUUGAUUACGCUGGAUUUAAAUGCCUCAUGCCUACGGUAAUUCAGUCUUAUUUGUUUCAAAUAUGGGACAUGAUUGUUCGUUAGGAUCUUGAAUUCGUCCAUCGGUCGAAGGACGAAAAAGGUCAAAAUUAAUGUCGGACGAAUAAUAAUGGUUUCACAGUAUUGGCUAUUGCUGCAAGAUUGAUGAAAUAUUUUAUCAAGGGUUUUGAACAUGGGCACCUUCAAAUUGUUGUUCACAUUUUGUAUGACAUACAAAGAAUAAUGUCCUUUUUAUCAAGACUUUUGUAAGCUUGUUCCAGGCAUUACACAAAUAAAAAUGAUUGGAUGAAACCUUACAGACAAACUAACAAGAUUUGAACCUGCUUACCUUGGUACUUAGGUUUCUUGAUUUUGACAAAAGUGAAAUGUGGCGCACCCAUGUCCUACAUAUACAUAUCAAGUUGUUACUUAAUCACACAAACACUUACACUGCAUCCCUUCUGUCCUGCUUUAUAACAUAACAUUGUGUUAUAGAAAAAAAUUCAUGUUAGAUGCGCCUUUGUUCAAUAAUUGGUCAAUAAGUAACAUUCGUAAAAAGUCAAGUUGGAGGUCCGUAACUGGGCCUUUGGAAUUCUGAAUACCCAGAUUGUGACUUAAAGACUUUAUGGUAGAAUUUGCUUUUCUUGUUUGACCAUCAGUUAUUUGAACUUGUAUAUAAUUAUGAUAUGUAAUCUUUAACACAAAUGAAAUCUUAACAAAAAUUGUAUUUAUUAUAUGGUAUUAACUUUUGUAGCGAUGUGAUUUUGAGAAUUCCUUGGUCAUGGCAUUAAUGCGUUCAAGUGCAUGAAGUCAAUCAAAUGACAAUGUUCAUUGAGGUGCUACAGAACAUAUUUACAUGUAUUACUAAUUUUACUAUACUCAAAUGCCAAUGGUUGUUGUUUUCUGGGCAUUGUUGUUGCUAUGGUAUUGUACUGUUUGUCCUUCAACGUGUUUUUCUAAACUGAUAUAAUGUGCAAUAAAACCAAAUUAUAUUGAA